CCAGAAUGCCCUUGAAUCAUUGAGGCUGUUGUCAGAAGCUGAAACUAAUCUAAGAAAGGAUGAUGCACAAUCCCGAUUUUAAUUACUGUGAUGCAAUAAGUGGAUUCCCCGUGUUGCUGCAGAAGAACCAGGCAGGAAAUCGGGUCUUUGACAGAAACCUCUGGGAGUGGAAGUUUGUAUCUUUGCUUUGAGCUCCCGUAGCUUGGUCGUCUCCCAUCACACCCGCCCCAUUGCUGAUCCACAACACGGUGACAUCUUGCCAAGAGGAUUCUUCUUUAUUUCGACAUUCUGCUUCUCUCAUAAUCCAUCAGCCACCCUUAAAAAGAGGAGAGGCAACUCGUGGCUUUAUUAUUUUUUUUACAAUGAAGACUUUACCCAGGGAAGACACAGGUUCUUUCUAAGCCGUUUGGGACAGAGGCUGCCGACAUGACAGUCAUGGUGGAAAUCACGUUCUUUGUCCUUUGUGCUCUGUCACAAGCAAACGGCUGUUUCCAGCUCAUCACCCCAUCUAGAUGGGGUGCUAGACCUGCCAACUGUUCAGCCCCACUGAAGGACGUCCUACCUGAAAAUGUCGUCAUCAUCCACACAGCCGGCACUCCCUGUCAAACAAGAGAAGAGUGCAGCAGGGAAACAAGAAACGUGCAGGAUUACCAUCAGGGGACCAAGCGCUGGUGUGACAUUGCCUACAGCUUCCUGAUUGGUGAGGAUGGGUAUGUGUAUGAGGGGCGAGGCUGGCGCGCUGAAGGAGCUCACACCCUGGGCUACAAUGACUUGUCCCUGGGAGUCGCUUUCAUCGGCCUCUUCACAGACAGGUCUCCCAAUGAAGCAGCGUGGAAAGCCCUGAAGUGCUGGCUUGACUUCUCGGUAAAGAUAGGCUACCUCCAUCCUGACUACGUUUUAAUGGCUCACAGCGAUGUCAGCGAUAUCGUAUCUCCUGGAGAGCACGUCCGUCAAGUCAUUUCAAAGUGGCCCCAUUAUAAGCACCAAUAGGAACCAUCCCCUAUCUCCCCGACCAACUUCAAGUGUGGCGUCUGUGAUCCCAUUGGAAUAGAAAGGGGAUAAAAAUGGGAUGAUGUUCCAGCAGUGAAUUGGGGGGGCAGGGGUAUUUUGGGGCAGGAACGCACAGGAACGGAGUUCUGGCUGGCUUCAGAGUUGGC